UUUCUUUAUAUAAAUAACUUCCCCCAUCUCCGUCUCAAAAUCCUCGCAAAAACAACACAAAAGAGAAAUAAAAAAUCAAGAACAAACUCUAAAUGGGGAAUUGUUUACGGCAUAAAUCCUCAUCUAUGCAAUGGGCGGGGGACGACUGGGCUUCAUUGGCGACUGAUGAGAGGAGUGAGAAGGCAUUGAAAAUGGAGGAAAAGAGCCUUCUCAGAGGUGGUGGUGGAGAUUUUACAUCGUCUUCAAUGUCGGGAACGACGGAGGUGAAGAUCAAGAUUACAAAGAAGCAGCUGGAGGAGCUGCUGGGAAAGAUGGACGUAAAGGAGUUGUCAGUGCAACAAGUUUUAGCCCAGUUAAUAAAUGUCAGCCACAGUUACGAGACACAUCAUCGCUCAUGGCGGCCGGCUCUUCAGAGCAUUCCGGAAGUGAAUUGACAGGAGGAAGAUCAGUUCUCCGUUGAUUAAUUUUACACAGUGAAUGAAUUACUGAUCACUGAUGAUGAUAAACUUUUUUCCAGCUCUAUUUUCCCAGCGGAGAGAGGCUGGUUAUGAAAUUGAUUGGGGGGAUUUUACAAUAAAAACUGGAGUUAAGAGGGACUCUGCAGGUAAUUUGGUUGGUACAUAUGAUAUGACACCCGGGUCCUAUUGUAGAGUAAAACGAGUAAAUUUUGUCCAAGUUUCCCUUUCUCCAUCUCUGGUUUCCUGUAUAUACUUCAUUAAUUUCAUCCGAAUUCUCCCAUUAUCAA